AUGGAGGUGGUGUGUCCACAUAUACGUUGGUGCAUAGCUUCCUCCCCUCUGUCACUUCCUCAUUUGCAGCUGGAGGUACAGUGUCCUCCCGGUGUCACCAUUGGCUUUGUUGCGGAACACUGGAACCUGUGCAGGGCAGUUUACAGCAUCCAGAAUGAGAAGAAAGACAAUGUGAUGAGAGUGCGCGGGCCAUGUUCAACCUACGGCUGUGGUUCGGAUUCGGUUUUUGAGGUCAAAUCCCUUGAUGGCAUGUCCAGCAUCGGCAGUAUUAUUAGGAAGUGGAACGGUCUCUUAUCAGCAAUGGGGGACGCUGACCACUUUGAAAUUCACUUCCCGUUAGACCUGGAUGUGAAGAUGAAAGCCAUGAUUUUUGGAGCUUGCUUCCUCAUUGACUUCAUGUAUUUUGAAAGGUCUCCACCACAACAUUCAUCAAGAUAGAUGGACACAGCAAAUCAGCAAUUAUGGCUAAUAAAAAAAGUAGAAAAUUGAAUCGGGCUUGUAAUCCCCUGAAUUAUUUGCAAUUAUAUGUGUCUGCUUCUGCAGGUUUUUUUCACUGGGUAUUAGCUCUAACAGGCUAAGAGUGUAAGAGCAAGAAUACAAUCUAAACAUGUUUCAGUUGAUUUUAUCUGUCCAUUUGUCCUCUGGUAGACUAGGCGUUCACCUUGAAAAAGCUAUGACUCAAUAACCAGGUAAACACAUUACAGUAAGCUUGAAAACACUUUACCAUGACAUAAGGGAAAACGAAUCCCAGAGCUCUCACAUUAAUAGGUCAUGAAAUGGUGAGCUUUUUAGAGCAAUCUUUGAGAUAGAGUAAUAAAGCUUUUAUCCCUAACCCUGUCCUCCCUCUCCUACCUCUUGUCCUGUUACUGGAGACAAAUUUGGUUCCAGGUGAAAAGAAUGAUACUCUUGAUCUUUAAAAACAAAAAGGAAGACAGACAGAAACACUAUGUGUUUAUUGUACAAGGAAACAUUUACUUGUGCAUAUGUGUCAAAACCCUGUUUUGCAAGUUUCUAAGUUUCCUUGGAAAUUUUCAUUUUUUUACCAAAUAAAACAUUUUUUUUUUAAUCAUAAGAUUUGUAUUUUCCAUGCAUACUCCCUCAUUCAUCAGCAUGGUCAGUCAGUACCUGCCUGUAUAUGGAGUCAGGGUCAGACUCUCAGGAAAAGAGGUGUGACAAGGGCUACAGCCAGUCUAGAUCUCUGAGCAUCUUAGAGAUAUGAGCACCCUUAUAAGGAGGUUGCAUGUAAUCUGUUUCAUCUCUCUUGGUCACAAAUGCCUUAUAUGUAAAAUAUGUUUGGCCAAAUCUCUAAGAUUGCCUUUUGAACCUUUGUUUCUCAUUUGAUGUAACACAGAGAAGAUAAUUGUUUUUUCUUUUUUAACCUUCCAAGAAGAUCCCUGAUAACCACUAUGUUUUUUUAAUAGCAAGAGUUAGGGUUUUGUUCCUAAAUUUUGAAAUGUGACAUUCUGUGUAGCACUUUGGAAAAGCAAAACCUCUAAAUCUUGAUGUUGUUUAAUAUUUCUUAGCUGCUUUUAAUUUAGAUGAUAAAUCUGUAUCUAUGCAAAGAAAAGAAUAAAACACAGCAAACAUGCUGCUUCUCUGUGAACUGUAGCUGACCAGUAAAAUUAUGUAGGAUCACCAUAGUUAAAGUAUGUACUUGUUUUUAUUAUCUAUUUAAAAGCAUAGUGUAUUAGUGAAUAAACUCUAAUGAGUCAACCUGCCUCUUUUGCAUUUUACCUUCCUAUCUGGACAUGGACUGUGUUCUUUCAACACAGCCAGUAUUUUGAAUGAAAUGUAUUCUUCUUGUUAAGUAAAACAAGCCUGAGUGUUCUCCAAUGGGAUUAUUCAGAGAUGAGGGCGUUUGCCCAUAGUUCCUCUUGAAGUCAAAGAAAGGUGCUUCAUUUUUAAAUUAUAUUUAUCUUUUCAUAGUAAAGUUGUUUUACUCAGUUUCUGGUAAUUUUUAUUUUUAGGUGCUACUACUAGCUUUUUCUUAAAAAAAAAGUAAAAUUGCUGCUUUCUAAAAAAAUAAUUAUAUUUGAAAGUAUAAUUGCAGUCUUAGACGUAUAUAUUAUUUCUUAUAAUAAUGUUUGACAUUUUAUGUAUGAAAUCAGACAAAUAGUACUGAGAAAGUUUAUCUCUAUAAACCUUCUUUUUACUUGCCCAUAUUCCUACAUCCCAAGACCUGCUGCAUAAUACUAAAAAAAAAAAAAAAAAUUAUUUUUAACAUAUUACAUUUUAAAUUUCUGCUUAUAGUUUUUGUGGUAUUAAGUUGUCUCUUACAGUUAUAAUUCCACUUUCUUUAAAAGUAGUAUUAUGUAUCUUGGGGUGCCCGGGUGGCUUAGCUGGUUAAGCAUCUGCUUU